GCUGGCCCGUUUUCUCCAGCAAAAUCAUAAGCUGUCUGAUUGUCAUAGUUUGACAACUUACACAGUGAAUGCCAAUUAAUAAAAUUAAACCAGAGAUGGAGUCAAGUACUGCAAAAGAGGUUGCAGAAGGAAAAAACAGACAUCAGGUUGUGCAAGAGGAUAAUGGUGGGGGUGUAGGCUUCUGUGGAUGGAUCCUGAUAAGCUUUUCCAUGUUAAUGAUCCUUGUGACAUUCCCCAUAUCAAUCUUCUUCUGUUUUAAGGUUGUACAGGAGUAUGAGAGGGCUGUCAUCUUUCGUCUUGGGCGUAUUGUUAAAGGGGGAGCAAAAGGACCAGGUAUGUUCUGGAUCAUUCCUUGCCUAGACACAUUUCGCCGUGUUGACUUGAGGACAGUGUCAUUUAAUAUACCUCCUCAGGAAGUUUUAACAAGAGACUCUGUUACUAUAAUGGUGGAUGGUGUUGUGUUUUACCGCACUUUCAAUCCCACAGUUGCCAUCACAAAGGUGGGGAAUGCUGACAUGGCCACACAAAUGCUUGCUCAAACAACACUAAGAAACAUGCUGGGAACAAAGAACCUCUCGGAGAUCCUUACUGACAGAGAGGAGAUGGCUGACCAGAUGGAGCAUGUGUUAUAUGAUGCAUCAAAGGAGUGGGGCAUCAAAGUGGAGAGAGUCGAACUAAAGGAUGUCAAACUCCCCCAGUCUAUGCAGAGAGCAAUGGCUGCUGAAGCUGAGGCAUCACGAGAAGCAAGAGCAAAAGUAAGUAUCCUUCUUAAAACGUGUGAAGGUAUCGGUCUGUCUGACUGUAUGUAAAAAAUGUGCAGCUUU